AGUGGCGGGCCGGGCGCUGGAGUCGGAAGCCUGUGUGCGGCAGCCGCUGCCGAGCCGGCCGGGGCGCACGGAGAGCGCGCGGGACUCGCUGCAGCGGCGGCCGGGUCGCGGCGCACCCGGGCCGGGACCGGAGCCGAGCCCGGACCGGAGCCGAGCCCAGCGCGGCGUCCGCGACCCGCCAGCCGCUGCUCCUGCUGCUUCGAUCCCGCGCGGGGAAAGGGCCGGCGGCUAUUGGCGUCGGCGGGGCGCGGAGGAACCGCGGCGGCGGCGGCGGCGGCCGCGGCGGCCGCAUCCUUGCCGCCCGCCCCGGCCCAGCCGCGUCCCGGAGCCGUCGGGCAUGGAGCCGUGGAAGCAGUGCGCGCAGUGGCUCAUCCAUUGCAAGGUGCUGCCCGCCAACCACCGGGUGACUUGGGACUCGGCUCAGGUGUUCGACCUGGCGCAGACCCUCCGCGAUGGAGUCCUGCUCUGCCAGCUGCUUAACAACCUCCGGGCGCACUCCAUCAACCUGAAGGAGAUCAACCUGAGGCCACAGAUGUCCCAGUUUCUCUGUUUGAAGAACAUAAGGACAUUUCUCACGGCCUGUUGUGAGACGUUUGGAAUGAGGAAAAGUGAACUUUUCGAGGCAUUUGACCUGUUUGAUGUUCGUGACUUUGGAAAGGUUAUAGAAACAUUAUCACGACUUUCUCGAACACCUAUAGCGUUGGCCACAGGAAUCAGGCCCUUCCCAACAGAAGAAAGCAUUAAUGAUGAAGACAUCUACAAAGGCCUUCCUGAUUUAAUAGAUGAAACCCUUGUGGAAGAUGAAGAAGAUCUCUAUGACUGUGUUUAUGGGGAAGAUGAAGGUGGAGAAGUCUAUGAGGACUUAAUGAAGGCAGAGGAAGCACAUCAGCCCAAAUGUCCAGAAAAUGAUAUACGAAGUUGUUGUCUAACAGAAAUUAAGCAGACAGAAGAAAAAUAUACAGAAACUUUGGAGUCAAUAGAAAAAUAUUUCAUGGCACCACUAAAAAGAUUUCUGACAGCAGCAGAAUUUGAUUCAGUAUUCAUCAACAUUCCUGAACUUGUAAAACUUCAUCGGAACCUAAUGCAAGAGAUUCAUGAUUCCAUUGUAAAUAAAAAUGACCAGAACUUGUACCAAGUUUUUAUUAACUACAAGGAAAGAUUGGUUAUUUACGGGCAGUACUGCAGUGGAGUGGAGUCAGCCAUCUCUAGUUUAGACUACAUUUCUAAGACAAAAGAAGAUGUCAAACUGAAAUUAGAGGAAUGUUCCAAAAGAGCAAAUAAUGGGAAAUUUACUCUUCGAGACUUGCUUGUGGUUCCUAUGCAACGUGUUUUAAAGUACCACCUUCUCCUCCAGGAACUGGUCAAACAUACCACUGAUCCGACUGAGAAGGCAAAUCUGAAACUGGCUCUUGAUGCCAUGAAGGACUUGGCACAAUAUGUGAAUGAAGUGAAAAGAGAUAAUGAGACCCUUCGUGAAAUUAAACAGUUUCAGCUAUCUAUAGAGAAUUUGAACCAACCAGUUUUGCUUUUUGGACGACCUCAGGGAGAUGGUGAAAUUCGAAUAACCACUCUAGACAAGCAUACCAAACAAGAAAGGCAUAUCUUCUUAUUUGAUUUGGCAGUGAUCGUAUGUAAGAGAAAAGGUGAUAACUAUGAAAUGAAGGAAAUAAUAGAUCUUCAGCAGUACAAGAUAGCCAAUAAUCCUACAACCGAUAAAGAAAAUAAAAAGUGGUCUUAUGGCUUCUACCUCAUCCAUACCCAAGGACAAAAUGGGUUAGAAUUUUAUUGCAAAACAAAAGAUUUAAAGAAGAAAUGGCUAGAACAGUUUGAAAUGGCUUUGUCUAACAUAAGGCCAGACUACGCAGACUCCAAUUUCCACGACUUCAAGAUGCACACCUUCACUCGAGUCACAUCCUGCAAAGUCUGCCAGAUGCUCCUGAGGGGAACAUUUUAUCAAGGCUAUUUAUGUUUUAAGUGUGGAGCGAGAGCACACAAAGAAUGUUUGGGAAGAGUAGACAAUUGUGGCAGAGUUAAUUCUGGUGAACAAGGGACACUCAAACUACCAGAGAAACGGACCAAUGGACUGCGAAGAACUCCUAAACAGGUGGAUCCAGGUUUACCAAAGAUGCAGGUCAUUAGGAACUAUUCUGGAACACCACCCCCAGCUCUGCAUGAAGGACCCCCUUUACACCUCCAGGCCGGGGAUACGGUUGAACUUCUGAAAGGAGAUGCACACAGUCUGUUUUGGCAGGGCAGAAAUUUAGCAUCUGGAGAGGUUGGAUUUUUUCCAAGUGAUGCAGUCAAGCCUUGCCCAUGUGUGCCCAAACCAGUAGAUUAUUCUUGCCAACCCUGGUAUGCUGGAGCAAUGGAAAGAUUGCAAGCAGAGACUGAACUUAUUAAUAGGGUAAAUAGUACUUACCUUGUGAGGCACAGGACCAAAGAGUCAGGAGAAUAUGCAAUUAGCAUUAAGUACAAUAAUGAAGCAAAGCACAUCAAGAUUUUAACAAGAGAUGGCUUUUUUCACAUUGCAGAAAAUAGAAAAUUUAAAAGUUUAAUGGAACUUGUGGAGUACUACAAGCAUCAUUCUCUCAAGGAAGGGUUCAGAACCUUAGAUACAACUCUGCAGUUUCCAUACAAGGAGCCAGAACAUUCAGCUGGACAGAGGGGUAAUAGAGCAGGCAACAGCUUGUUAAGUCCAAAAGUGCUGGGCAUUGCCAUCGCUCGGUAUGACUUCUGUGCAAGAGAUAUGAGAGAGUUGUCCUUGUUGAAAGGAGAUGUGGUGAAGAUUUACACAAAGAUGAGUGCAAAUGGCUGGUGGAGAGGAGAAGUAAACGGCAGGGUGGGAUGGUUUCCAUCCACGUAUGUGGAAGAGGAUGAAUAAAUUCAAAUCCAGCAUUGCACCCUGCACGAAAAAUUUCAGAGAAGGGAUAAAUAGAAGCCUGCACAGCAUCGUGAAUUAACUGAAGUGUUUAAAAAGCUGCAUUUCUGGCUGUUCAACAUCCUCCCUCCUUAGCCCCUCCUAAGUCUUAAUGCUGAGAUUUCUAAAGAUGCUGGUACUGACAGAUUAAUGGCUUGCCUAGAGCUGUGCAAGAAACAGCCUGCCAGUCUGUCAUUGUCAGAGACCAGGGCAAAACCAAGAGCUGUUCUUCCCAGAAGAGCCCUGCAAACACAUUGGUUCAUGCUUCCCUUUACUUCAUCUGGUCAGAUACCAUGAAUGCCAGUCAUCAGUAAAUCUUAACACACUUUUGCUUUAUUCUCACGUGCCAUUCACCAGAUUAUUUGAUGGUACAAAGAAGCAGAAGUGUAAUUUUCCUUUUCCCAAGCAUGAAGAAAAAUUGGAGUUCUGCCAUUUGAGCAGCUUACUGGAAAGAUCCAGCCUUACUUGUCUUAAAUUGUCCAACAAGGUGACUCAUUGCCCGGCAAACACUUUUACCCUCAGAUGUUAGUCAUGAUAUUAUAAAAUAUGAGGCCAAUGCUCAGGUUUGCAUCAUAAGUGAGCUAUCCCUGAAGGGUUUUAAUUACUCAUUUGGUGUCCUGAUUAUAUUUGCAAACUUCUUUAUAAAAGGUGAAAAAAGCACAUAAAAGAGAGUGUGUCUUCAUAUUAAACCUUCACAACCUUCAUGAUUUCAUAGGAUUAUUUUGGAAAUAUAGUACUUGACUUUAUGAAAGGAUCUGGGCUAGGUAUAUUAGGGGUGGUUGCCAGUAAUCUGAAUAAGCUGGCAUUGUUUACAGAAACAGAUCAAGGGCUAUAAUUUAUGUCAUUUUAUAGCAGCAGUAUCUAUUAAUACAUGCCUUUUCCUCCCAUCCACCUCCCCCGCACACACAAAAAGAUGACCUGGGACAUGACUUUUUUAUUCCCACAUUUUCUUGGAGCACAAACAACUUUGUUGAGGAUUUUGGAAGGAAAGCACAACUGGGCCCUUUAUUCAUUUCUGGGACAGAAAGAGGGUCAGGGGACUUUUGUGGGCCUCCAGCUUCUCUCAGAGUUUCCCCCUGUGCAGCCCAUCCUGGGAGUGUAUCAACUGGAGGGAAGAUGGGUCUUGCAGUGCAUUUGUUUUGCCCAGUCAUCACUCUUUUUUGUGAGGAGCCUAAAUACAUUUUUCCUGGGGUCCAGAGUCCCCAUUCAAGGCAGUCAAGUUAAGACACUAAUUUGGCCCUUUCCUGAUGGAAAUAUUUCCUCCAUAGCAGAAGUUGUGUUCUGAUAAGAUUCAGAGAGAGUUUCACGUUGGGAAAAAAAAGAAGCAUUAACUCAGUAGAACUGAACCAGGGGCAUUAAGUUCUGAAAUUUUUAAUCAUCUCUGAAAUGAAGCAGGUGUAGCCUGCCCUCUCAUCAGUCCAUUUGGGUGCCAGAACUCAAGGUUCAGUGGACACAUCCCCCUGUUAGAGACCCUCAUGGGCUAGGACUUUUCAUCUAGGAUAGAUUCAAGACCUUUACCUCAGAAUUAUGUAAACUGUGAUUGUGUUUUAGAAAAAUUAUUAUUUGCUAAAACCAUUUAAGUCUUUGUAUAUGUGUAAAUGAUCACAAAAAUGUAUUUUAUAAAAUGUUCUGUACAGUAAAGUUACACCUCAAAGUGUACUCUUGGAAUGGAUUCUUUCCUAUAAAGUCUUAUCUGCGACUCUGUCUCGGGAAUGUUUUGUCUGUUGCCGUCAGCCGAACUUUGUUAUGGAGGGAGCAGCCUCACACAAGCAGAAACACUCCUGUGGAUGGUAUUGUAGCAUGUAUUGUUUAUUUUAGUCAAUAGACCCUCUCCUUAUAAAUGGUGUUUAGUCUUCCUGUUGCAUUUCAUGGGCCUGGGGGUUUCCUAGCAGAGGAUAUUGGAGCCCCUUUUUGUGACAUUACCAAUUACAUCUUUGUCUACGUUUAAUACUUUGUAUUGGAAAAUUUAAAUGCUGCGAAUUUGUGUAGAGUUCUAAUACCAAAGACAGAAGUAAAUGUGUUCCAUAUACUUUGUCUUGCCUGUAUGCAGCCCUUGUGUAAUAUGGUGAAUUAGAGUGGUAUUUCACUUUGUAUUAUUUUGUAAAUAUGUCAAUAUAAUAAAUAGUGACUAAAUUGA